AUGUGGCUUGCUGUUGCUCUCUUUUUGGAACUGGCGUUGGCCGGUUUGAUACCACAACCCCACGAGAGACGUCAAGGGACUGACUGCGCAUCGCUCGUUGCUCCAUCCGUUGAUGGUGCUGUAAUUACGUCCAUUACUACUGAACAGAACAACGGCAUCUGCGAGGUAUACACAUACCUCACUCAUACAGGCUCGAGCGACAAUGUUUCGGUAAUCACUUUUCUGCCAAUUAGCAACUGGAACGGACGAUAUCAAGGCACUGGUGGCAGCGGCUUUUCGACUGGCGGAUCGACAGAUCAACUCAGCGGUCCUGCGCAAUCAGGAUGGGCGGUCGGAACCACUGACGGAGGGCUUCCGCACGACUCAAACUCGACCAACUUUGCCUUUAACCCGCAACUCAAGAAGAACUUUGCUUACCUCUCUAUUCACGACAUGACUGUCAUUGGCAAGGCCGUGGCCGAACAAUUCUACGGUGUACCCGUUGCCUAUUCCUACUGGAACGGAUGCUCCACGGCCGGCGGGCAGGGCUACAUUGAGGCGCAGCGGUACCCGGCCGACUACAACGGCAUCUUUGCUGGAUCGCCUCCGCUGGACUACUCGCACUUUCAAGUGUCGCAACUAUGGCCGUGGGUGGUACAGAAUGCCGAGGGACAGUUUGUGCCGACGUGCGUGUUCGACACGUUGACCGAGGGGGCGAUUGAGCUCUGCGACAUUGACGACGGGGGCUUGGACGGCAUCCUUUCGGACCCGCCGGCGUGUCAGGCCAAUGCUACCGUUUGGGUCGGCUACCCAGCUGUCGCCUGCGAUGACGGCGGCGCCACGGUCAUUACGGAGGAGCAUGCCAAGAUCUGGAACAAGAUUGCGUAUGGUCCCGUCGACACGAAUGGCAACUGGCUUUAUUCGGGUAUCGCCAAGGGAGCUUCUUAUAACGGACAGACGGGGUCAACACCAGAACAAGACGCCUCAGGUUUCAUCAGGGCGUGGGUACUCAACGACACCAACUUUGAUCUGAGCACCAUCAACUAUAGCACGUUCCCGGGCAUCUUUAACCUGGCAUACCAAGAGCAGAAUGACCUGGUCGGCGCCAACAACCACGACUUGCGCGCCUUCCAGCAAGCCGGAGGCAAGCUGCUCUCGUGGCACGGCUGGGCCGACUCCAACGUCUACGCCAACGGCACGGCCGACUAUUGGAGGCGGGUCCAGGACUUUAUGGGCUCGGGCGUCGACGUGCACGAUUUCUACCGACUGUUCCUGGCACCCGGCGUCGGACACUGUGGGGGAGGUUAUGGCGCGGAGCCUGUCGAUGCUUUUGAUGUGCUUGUCGGAUGGGUUGAGAAUGGGACGGUGCCCGAAACGUUAUCCGCCAGCGGCAAUGGUCUCACGCGUAACCUAUGUUCAUACCCAGGAGAACUGCACUAUACCGGCACGGGAGAUGUUAAUGCGGCGGAGAGCUGGACGUGUAUCUAA